AUGGGCGCUAUCUGGAAUCUGCUUCCUCUCAUCAUCCUCUUUGUCGUGGUCGGCGCAUUCGCCUUUGUCGGCUACCAGCUCCAANNGAUGUACCUCUGGACCAACGAUCUCGCCGACAAGGGANNAAAAAAGACAAUGGAGAAGAAGAACGUCAUGUUCACAAAAGACGGCAUGAAGGUCGGCGUCAAGGAAAUGAGUGAAGAGGAAUCGGCAGACAGGACACAAAACUUGCUGGUCAACACAUGGAACCAAAGUUCCUUCCCUGCAUACAAGAGCAGGUUUUGGAACAUGGAUGGACAGGCUAAAAACAAGGCUACUUCUUCAGGCAGGGCUUCACGUGCUUGA